AAGGGUGGACGACUGAGCAGUCGGCGCUGUCUGAGCCAAACACCUCAUACCACACACCUACAGCACGCAAACAGCUCACUUAUCCACUAUACAUCUCCCUUAAACAGAACUCAUCCACUGUCUUCCAGGAUGAGUUACACGCUGGAUAGUAUAGGGACCCCCGUUUAUCGGAGGGCAAUUGACUCUCGUACUAGCUUUAACCGCACCAGCGCAUCCCCUUCCGCUAGCUAUAGAACCCAGUCAUGGGCAAGGACAAAUCCGGGGACCACAUUUUCCACUUCCUACAAGAGAACCACCACGGUGCCUAGGGCGUACGGCUCCACUGUGCUGAGCUCAGCCGACAACCUCGACUUAAGCCCCCCUAUGUUCAACGGGGACUACAAGCGCUCCAACGAGAAAGAACAGCUCCAAGGGCUCAACGACCGCUUUGCCGGCUACAUUGACAGAGUGCAUUAUUUAGAACAACAGAACGGCGAGAUUGAGGCUGAGAUUCAAGCGCUGCGGCAGAAACAAGUCUCGCACACCCAUCUAAGUGAUGCAUACGAUCAAGAGCUUAGCGAACUCCGCUCGAUGCUGGAGCAGAUACACCACGAUAGGGCACAGGUUCAGCUUGACUCAGACCACCUGGAAGAAGACAUUCAGAGGCUGAAGGAGCGCUACGAGGAUGAGGCCCGCAUCAGGGACGAGACAGAAGCAACCAUCCGCGCCAUGAAGAAGGACACGGAUGAUUCUGCCCUUAUGAAAGUAGAAUUGGAAAAGAGAGUGCAGUCUCUUCGAGACGAAUUGGAGUUCGUGCGCAACAACCACGAGGAAGAGGUGAGCGAUCUUCUGUCUCAGGUGCAAGCGUCGCAGGUUACCGUGGAGAUGAAAGACUACCAAAAGACGGACAUCUCCGCGGCGCUCCGUGAGAUUCGCUCUCAGUUGGACGGCUACUCAUCUCAGAAUCUGCAGCAGGCUGAGGAAUUGUUCAUGUGCCGCUAUUCCAAGCUGACCGAAGCUGCCGAAGUUAAUAAAAGUGCUAUCAAUGCAGCCCGGAAUGAGAUCGACGAGUAUCGCCGCCAGAUACAGAAACAGAAUGUCGAGCUGGAGUCUGUGCGCAGCACCAAGGAGUCACUGGAGAGGCAACUGAAUGAUAUCGAGGACCGACACAGUAAUGACUUGAGUAGUUAUCAGGAGACAAUUCACCACCUGGAUAAUGAGCUGAAGGGUACCAAGUGGGAGAUGGCCCGUCAUCUGAGGGAGUAUCAAGACCUGCUCAAUGUAAAGAUGGCUCUGGAUAUUGAGAUUGCUGCAUACAGGAAACUUCUGGAAGGUGAAGAGACACGCUUCAGCACCUUUAGCCCCUCCUUCUCUUACCGCCAGCCCAUUGCCCCCUCCAAGAGUCCAAAAGCCAAACUUGAACCUCCCAAGCUGAAAGUGCAACACAAGUUUGUGGAAGAAAUCAUUGAAGAAACAAAAGUAGAGGACGAGGACUCAGAGGUUGAUGACUCCCUAGCUGCCGUGGCCGAAGAACUGGCUGCUGACCUGAAAGAAGGAGAGGAGGAAAAAGAGGGAGAAGGAGAAGAUAAGGCAGAAGAAGAGGUGGUUGCCUCCACUGAGGCCAAGGUAAGUGCCAGUGCCCCAGGUGACCAAGAAGAGGAGGAAGAGAAAGAGGGAGAUGAGGAUGAGGAAGGAGAUGGUGGAGAGGAGGAAGAUAGCAAAGUAAAAGCAGAUGAAGGGGAGGAUGAAGGAAAGGAAGAUGAGGGGAAGGGAGAAGAUGAGGAAGAGAAGGGUGAAGGCGAGGCAGAUGAAGAGGCAUCAGUGGUGGAGGAGACCAUACUCAGUGCCAAGGUCUCUAAAUCUGAGGCAGUACCCGAAAAAUCUGAGGAGGGCAGUGCUGAAGAGGGAGAAGAAGAUAAGGGGAAAGAGGAGGACAAAGAAGGGAGUGACAAAGGAUCUACCACUGGUGAGAAGGAGGAAGACGGAGCAGAGGAUGAGAGCAAAGACAUAGCAGUGAAUGGAGAAGUGGAGAAAAGGGACUCAGAUGAAGACACAAAGAAGAAAGAGAAGAAAGACAUUGAGAAGAAACAGGCAGGCAAGGAAGUAGUUUCCAAUGGAGUGAAGGAGAGUCCCACCAAAGACAGUCCAACCAAAGAGAGCCCCACCAAGGAGAGCCCCACCAAGGAGAGCCCCACCAAGGAGAGCCCCACCAAAGAGAGCCCCACCAAGGAGAGCCCUACCAAGGAGAGCCCCACCAAAGAGAGCCCAACCAAAGAGAGCCCCACCAAAGAGAGCCCCACCAAGGAGAGCCCCACCAAGGAGAGCCCAACCAAAGAGAGCCCCACUAAGGAGAGCCCCACCAAGGAGAGCCCAACCAAAGAGAGCCCCACUAAGGAGAGCCCCACCAAGGAGAGCCCCACCAAGGAGAGCCCCACCAAAGAGAGCCCCACCAAGGAGAGCCCCACUAAGGAGAGCCCCACCAAGGAGAGCCCAACUAAAGAGAGCCCCACCAAGGAGAGCCCAACCAAAGUGAGCCCCACCAAGGAGAGCCCCACCAAAGAGAGCCCCACCAAGGAGAGCCCCACCAAGGAGAGCCCCACUAAGGAGAGCCCCACCAAGGAGAGCCCCACUAAGGAGAGCCCCACCAAGGAGAGCCCCACUAAGGAGAGCCCCACCAAGGAGAGCCCCACUAAGGAGAGCCCAACUAAAGAGAGCCCCAUUGCAGAGAGCCCCACCAAGGAGAAGCAUCCCGCUAAAGAAGACCCUAGUCAAAAGGUGGUGAUUACCGAAACUGUGGAGACUAUCACCACUGGAGAAGAUGGAGCCAAACAUGUCACCAAAUCUGUUACUGUGACGGAGUCAGUGGAGGAAGUGGAGGACACAGUGGAGGAGAAAAUGGUCGCUACCAAGAAGGUGGAGAAAGUUACCACCCAAGCAAUCAGGAAAGUCACAGAAACAGAGUGAAGCAUUUUAAGCAAGUGUCAGAGGAUCAGGGGAUGAAAUGCAGGGGCUAUCCCAAAAAAAUGAGAAUAACAUGAUUUGAAGAAUAAAGUUACUCACAAAGCUGAAAGACAAAAAAAUUGAGAGAGCCAUUAGAUGCAACACGCUAAUCAAAAACGCAUGUUGAGUGAUAGCUUAUAAAUGGGCUUUACUGCAGAUGUGGACCUGUGGGUGGGGUGCAGGGGUAUGUAAUCAGAAGUCUAAUUAUAUUUUGGGGACAGUAUUUGGAAAUGGGAUAAAAAUGGUCUGCAUGCAAUUUUAAAUAAUUUUGGAGAGCAAAAUCUGUUGUAAUUGUAUGUACUCAUGCACAGAGUAAAUGAGAAAAAUGUAUGAAAUGUGCUUAAAAUACAAUGAGGUUUCAUUUAGAAUGGGGAUAAGUUGGAAAGGUGUGUAAAAGAUACAAAUGAAGCAGCUUGCAUAUGCAAAGAAUCAACUGAGCCAAACACAAUAAUAGCAGAGAAUUUAUAUAUAACAUGAAUACUGUAACAGAAUGACUAAACCUAAGCUUAUAAUGAGAGGAAGUGGGGAAAGCUCAAAGCCUUAAAAUGCUGUUUAUUCCUGUCAGCUAUGUUUACCCAGUGAGUGCAAUUUAAAUAAACACGCACAUAUGCACACAUUCACGUACUGAAGGACUUUCAUUCAAAACUGAACACAACUGAGGUGCUAAAGUUCUCAAUCCCCUUUGAGUCAUGAUCACUCUGUCAUAAGCACUUGCUCACAAUAAAUAAACUGGAAUACCGUCUUCCAAA